AUGGCCCUCUUGAAAACCCUAAAGCAUCUGCUUUCAUCAGCAGCCAUAGCCCUGUUCGUCAUUCUGGCAAUGACGAACAAAGCCUACUCUCAGAGCGAAUCAACUUCCUUCACGUACGACUUCUACGGCGACAAACCCACAACCCUAACCUACCAAGGCGACGCCUUCUUCCCACCGGACUCAACCUUCCUCCGUCUGACAAAGACCGAGUCGGGCGUCUCAAUACCGGGCAGCGUGGGCCGAGUCCUCCACACGGCCCCAAUACUGUUCCGCGCAGAAGGGGCAUUAGCGUCAUUUGAAACGAGCAUAGAAUAUAUCAUCAGCUCUUGGACCAACGCCACUACACCUGCCGACGGGAUCGUGUUCUUCGUGGCGCCCGUGGGCUCCACCAUCCCCGCGGGCAGCGAAGGGGGCAACUUGGGCGUGUACGACCAAUCCGGAUUGGCUCCCAACGUGUUGGCCAUCGAAUUCGACGUGUUCAACAACCCGUGGGACCCUAGAUUCCGCCACAUCGGGAUCAACCUCGGAUCGAGUACUUCUAGCAAUGUGACGGGGUUUCAGGGCCACAUCGGGGAGCGUGUGAGAGCCCGCAUAAACUACGAGGCAGCAACCAAAGUGAUCAGUGUGCGCGCCACCGCCGGAGCGGCUAAUUACGAGGUCAGCUUGGCGUACGACUUGAGCGCUUUGUUGCCCGACCAAGUUCAAGUCGGCCUCUCAGCGGCAAGCGGGCUCAAAUGGAUCGAUGCUGCCGUCCACGACGUCGUCUCCUGGUAUUUCACCUCCACCCUCGUCAGUAAUCUUGUGAGCGAGGACAAGGCCGCCAAAAUAGCCCAAAUUUAA